CGCAAUCCGGAGCGGCUCGGAGCUGGUGCGGUGCAGCCCGUGGCUCGGAGCGGCCGGUGUUACGGCUGGGCAGCGCAGGCACCUGCGGCCGGGACAGCCCGCGGGGAAGCGGGAGGCCAUGCGCGCUCCGCUGCGGCUGCUGCAGCUGGUGCUCAGCCUAGACAUUCUUCAGAACUGCUGUGAAGCAUACAAUGUUGGGCUCCCAGGAGCAAAAAUAUUUUCUGGUCAUUCAAACGAGCAGUUUGGAUAUGCAGUUCAGCAGUUCUUAAAUGAAAAAGGCAAAUGGUUGCUUGUUGGCUCACCUUGGAGUGGAUAUCCAGCUAAUAGAAUGGGAGAUAUAUACAGAUGUCCUGUUGACUCAUCUCAAACCACAUGUGAAAAACUAAAUUUGCAAAGUCUAACCAGCAUUCCAAAUGUUACUGAGAUAAAAGAAGAGAUGAACCUUGGUUUAACUCUAGUAAGAAACCCCAAAACAAAAGGAUUUUUGACGUGUGGUCCCUUAUGGGCACAGCAGUGUGGAAGUCAAUAUUAUGCAACGGGAGUCUGUUCUGAAAUCAGUCCAAGUUUCCAGAUCCUAAGAAGCUUUUCACCAGCUCUUCAAAAGUGUUCCUCCUUCAUAGAUGUUGUGGUUGUGUGUGAUGAGUCUAACAGCAUUUAUCCAUGGACUGCAGUGAGGGCAUUUUUGGAAAAAUUUGCACAAGGAUUAGAUAUAGGCCCCACAAAAACUCAGGUUGGCUUGGUUCUAUACGGUAAUGAUCCAAGGGUACUAUUCAACUUGAGUACUUACAAAACAAAAGAUGAAGUUGUUAAGGCAAUGUCAGCUACUCAGCAAGAAGGAGGAACUUUGACUAAUACUUUCAAAGCUAUUGACUACGCAAGACGUCAUGCUUUUUCCCCUGAGUCGGGGGGACGGCAGGCAGCCACAAAAGUAAUGGUUGUUGUGACAGAUGGUGAAUCGCAUGAUGGUUCUGCUUUGGAAAAAGUGAUAGCUAAAUGUAAUGAAGACAAAAUAACCAGAUUUGGCAUAGCUGUUUUAGGAUACUUAAUCAGAAAUGAACUUGACACUAAAAAUUUAAUUAAAGAAAUCAAAGGAAUUGCUAGUCUUCCAACAGAAAAGUAUUUCUUUAAUGUGUCCUCUGAGGCUACACUUUUGGAAGAAGCAGGAACACUGGGAGACCGUAUAUUUAGUAUAGAAGGUACCGACCAAGGCAAUACAUUCCAAAUGGAAAUGUCACAAGUGGGCUUCAGUGCUCUUUAUUCACAAAAAAAGGAUGUUCUGAUGUUGGGUGCUGUUGGGGCUUAUGACUGGAGUGGAACUGUAAUUCAGGAGUCAUCAAACAAAGUGACCACAUUUCCUAGUCAAGCAUUUGAACAAAUUCUACAAGACAGAAAUCAUAGCUCAUACCUAGGUUAUUCUGUUGCUGUUAUCUCAACUCAAGGGGCUGUUUAUUUUGUUGCUGGUGCACCAAGAUCCAAUUACACUGGCAGAGUAGUGGUUUAUGAGGUUGACAGCCAUGGCAAUGUCACAGUCAUUCAGUCCCAGAGAGGGGAGCAGAUUGGGUCUUACUUUGGCAGUGUGCUAUGCUCAGUGGAUGUUAACAGAGAUUCAGUUACAGAUGUGCUAUUAGUGGGGGCACCGAUGUUUAUGAAUGACCUAAAGAAAGAAGAAGGAAGAGUUUACAUGUUCUCCAUAAGACAGGGAAUUUUGGAUCAACAAGAACUCUUAGAAGGUCCAAACGGGUUAGAAAAUGCUCGGUUUGGAUCUGCUAUUGCAAUGCUUUCAGACGUUGAUUUGGAUGGUUUUAAUGAUGUGAUAAUAGGUGCACCUUUAGAACACCAAAAUGCUGGAGCAAUUUACAUUUACAAUGGAAAUCAAAAGACACUUUGCACCAAAUAUUCCCAGAAAAUUACAGGAUCAGACUCUGCUUUUAGAAAGCAACUCCAGUACUUCGGAAGAUCAGUAGAUGGGCUCAGAGACUUAAAUGGUGAUGACAUUACUGAUGUUUCUGUUGGUGCUGACGGAAAUGUCGUGCAACUCUGGUCACAAAGCAUUGCAAAUGUCUCCGCCAGUGCCUCAUUUGCACCUGAAAAAAUCAGUCUGCUGAACAAGAACACUGAGAUACUUGUUACCAUAUGUUUUGAUGCCACAUUCAGGCCUGCUAAUAGAAAUAACCAAGUGGCAAUUAGAUACAAUGUAACACUGGAUGCUGAUCUCCAGUCAUCUAGAGUGACUUCCAGAGGAUUAUUUAAAGAAAACAAUGAUAGGUAUCUGCAGAAGGAUUUUAUAGUAACUCAUGAAAAGAAUUGUGUUCAGCACAUCUUUAAUGUACAGGAGCCAUCUGAUGCUGUGAAUUCCCUUGGUCUGCGUAUUGACAUUGGCCUUGCAAAUCCCGGCUCUAGUCCUGUCCUUGAUGCAUAUUCUCCUGCAUCUGUAUCCUACAGUAUUCCUUUUAUCAAAGACUGUGGUAAGGAUGAACUCUGCGUCUCUGAUCUUAUUCUUGAUGUUCAGCAGAAAACAGAUGAUGGCAAACAACCCUUCAUUGUGAGCAGCAAGAAUAGAAGGAUAACAUUUACUGUGAAGCUUAGGAACGAGAAGGAAAAUGCAUAUAACACCAGAAUCCAGGCUACAUUUUCAGAAAACUUGUUUUUCUCUUCAUCAUCUGUAUCAAGUGAUGGAACUGAAGUUUCAUGUCAGGUGGGCACUGCCCAGGAAUCAGUCAUUUGCCAAAUCAGCUAUCCUGUUUUUAAAGAAGGAGAAAAGGUAUCUUUUGAUAUUAGCUUUGACUUCAACCUCAAACAUCUUCAGAACAUGGCAGUUAUAAAUUUUCAGGCAUUGAGUGAAAGUAAAGAAGACCGAGAAGCAGACAAUCAAGUCAGCCUAUCAAUUCCCCUGCGGUAUGACGCUGAAAUUCACUUCACAAGGCUUACCAAUAUAAAUUUCUAUGAAAUAUACUCUGAUCACAAUGUUCCUUCCACUGUGAAUAAUUUUGAAGAGAUUGGCCCUGCAUUCAAUUUUUCAGUUAAGGUUACAACGGGAAGUGUUGCAGUAAACAUGGCAUGUGUAAAAAUCCAUCUUCUAGAACUGACUAAAGAAAACAAUCUGCUGAUGUACCUAACUGCUGUGGAUACAGACCAGACCCAGGGUGUCACAUGCAGUGCAAACAUAAAUCCAUUGCAAAUAGGAAAAACACCUUAUUCAGCUUCUUUCAAGAAAGAAAACUUCAGAGCUGCAAAAGAAUUGAACUGUCGGAAUGCAAAGUGUACUACAGUUACAUGCUGGCUGAGAGACCUCAGGAUGAAAGGAGAAUAUUUUAUAAAUGUGUCUGCUAGGAUAUGGAAUGGGACCUUUGCGGCUUCAACUUUCCAGACCUUACAGUUGACAGCAAAUGCAGAAAUUGAACCACACAACCAAGACUUAUUUGUAAUUGGAGAGAACACCUUAACUAUUCCAGUUACAAUAAUGAAACCUGAUGAGAAAGCAGAGAUACCAGUCGGUGUUGUGAUUGGAAGUAUACUGGCCGGGCUCAUUCUGCUGUUAGCACUGGUUGCUCUUCUAUGGAAACUCGGUUUCUUCAAGAGACAGUAUGAAAAAAUGGCAAGGGAUGUAGAAGAUGUUGAUGAAAUUACAGAACUCACAAAGGACAAAGAUUGAAGAGGACACUAAUGGGGAAUACAGGACUAACCACCUGAACCUCAAAGAGUGGUUGGAAUCCAAUCAGUUUUUCAGCUGGAGGGUCUUAAAGAUGAAUAACUGUUGAACUUGUUUUUCAUGAAAACAUCUUACAUUUUUUUUAACGUUGGAAAUAUUUUACAGAUGAUACUUUAUUGUAAAAGCAACUGCAGGUCAGUUUUUCUUUUUCAAAAAGAUUGAUAGUGUUUUCUUAUGUAUUGUCGUCUUUGCAAAAAAAAUAGCCUUGGGAACUGACAGAUCCAGUAACGUUGUGCAAGGAAUUUUCCUCCUGCUCCAUAAAGCAAAAUAGAUUUCAGAUCACCGUGGAACACUGUCAGUUCCUAAUUUGGUUGGUUGAUCAGUGCUGUAUAUUAAUAGCCCUCUGGUAAAAUGACUUUUAAAAUUUAAUUAUCUAAAAGAUCUAGACAAUGAAUGCAUGAUGAAUAUUGACUUAGGACCAGGAGAACAAAAAAACUCUCCAUUUACCAUUGACUAACUACAUUCACAUUCUUUUAGAGAAAAGGUUGAUGUGCUGCAGCAAAUCUGAAUCUUUUAUCUGUAAAGCUACAGGUUGAAUGUCUCAUAAAAUGGGCCUUGUGUCCUGAUUUGGCACAUGAUAGUUCCAAUCUGUGCAUUAUGAACAUUUGAAUGGGUAUGUCACCCCAAAACGUGUCCCUGUUCUUUUCACUAAGAUUACAAGAAUUAAACUGUUACAGCGUACUGCACUGGAAAACUAUUUCUAAAUGGCACAUGCUUCCACCUAGUGCUUCCUUGCACAUAUUACCUCUUUUAAAGAAUGAGGAACUGAGCUGGAAAACCCACUGUGACUUGCUCUCCUGUGAUACAGUGGGGGUUUCAAAUUCUUAUCUGGCAAGAUGGACCAUCAGUUCACUGAAAUUUGAAACUGAGUCUUCAUGUUCUAUUGUUCACUAUCUGAAAAAGGGGAAGAGCCAGUGGCCUCUGAAUUUACAUGACUUUCUGUUCUCUGUCCAGAAAGCAAACUGGUAGUGAAAACUUUUACAUGGAUUCGUAACUCUUACUGGCCAACUGACAGUAAUGGGGCUCCUCAUCUGAGAAGGACAUUUAUCAUCUCACCCUUAUUUCAGUAGUGGAUAGUAGUGUAGAAGUAAGAACAUGAAGUGAAUUAUAGGGGAGGAGACACUAUAACAGGGGUGGGCAAAAUGUGGCCUGGGGGCUGGAUGCGGCCCACGAGGCCACUCUAUCUGGCCCACGGGGCCCCUAAAAAAUUUAGAAAAUUAAUAUUUAUCUGCCCUGGGCUGCCUGUCAUGUGGCCCUCGAUGGCUUGCCAAAAGUCAGUAAGCAGCCCUCUGCCCAAAAUAAUUGCCCACCCUUGCACUAGAAAGUGAGCCGCUAAUGAGACUAAAAACAGCUGAAAAUAUAUAUAUUCUCUGUACAAUUUUGUACAACACACUUAAGGGUACUUAGAUAACACAGUAGAACAGUAAGCAGCACACCAACAUCUGUCACAUGACAUUUUUAAAGAAGUUAACUUAUUUUGUGCACGAUAAGAUGGUGUCGUAUUUUUUAAAGAGUUUCAUUUUAACCUGUUAGGUGACCUUGUGUUAGUUAUGUUAACACUCUUAAAUGACCUUAUAUCCUUUGAUUUAUAACAAGACCUUUGGGUUAGGGACAGAAAUUACACAUAAAACAGUAUAAGUGAUCAGAAACCAGUUCAAAUCUGUGCCACAACGGAAGUUCAGUAUGCAUAAACUGCUUUCAAAAUGGCUGAAACCAGUUUAAGAUAAACCUGGAUGGAUGUAGUAUCAGACUUAACUGAUUUAGAUUGAAUCAGUUUAUUGAACUUCUGUCCCAGAUCCCCUCCAGAUUCAAGUUAACUCACAAUCCCCCAGCAUCCCAGGAUGCGUUGCACUUCCCCUUUAAUGUCCCCUUAUAGGGUAGGCAGGCUAGCCUUGUCUCAAGCUGUCUACUCUAGCUGAGCAGGAAGGCAUGCUGUAGCACACCCCUGACUUCUGGUCUGGGCCACUGCAGGCAUGUGGCUGCAUUUUCAAAAUCAGAAGUGAACGUCUGUUCACUUGCUUACUGGUUCAAUCUACAUAGCUUAGACUAACCUGUAAAGGUUGAAUCAAUUCAGACUUAGACUUUUUGACUGUCUGUACUUGGCCUUUAUUAUUUUAAAUUUUAACAAUGGAGAUUUCUUUCUCUUUUUUUAAGCCUGAAAUGAAAGGCUGUUGUUGCUGAGAUUGCUGACCUUCUAGCUGCCUAUGGCUCUGAUAUGUAAAUGAGGAGAUUAAUCAGGGGUAUGACCAGAACAUGGAUAGUCAGGAUUUGAAACCAUGGAGUCAGAAGCCAGGGUUUAGGAGUUAGAAGCCAGGGUCCCAGAAAGAGUCAGGAGUAAGAAGUCAACAGCCCAGGAACAGGGACCCAGACUGGAGUAUAGCUAGGUACUUGCCCAGAAAGGCUUCUGUGCUAUUGAGUAGCCUCCUGAGUAGCCCAAAUGACUGAGGCCAGUUGGAAUUGGGCUGUGGCAAGCCUGGCCCAUCCAGGUAGUCAGCGCCAGCUGUAGGCUGAUAUGCUACUGUUCAUGAGUCCCUGUUAUAAAUGGGGAUGAUUUCCAAUUCAAGGCAGUUACUUGAUGGGUAACAUUUUCAAAUGACUUGGGACCCUGUGUUAAAAGUUGACAUUCAGUUAGACUUUGGAAAAAAUUCAAAAUUGCCAAGAACCCACAAUGAAUGUGAAAAUCAAGGAGUUAAAAUCACUUGGUGAGAUUUAAAAGUGUUAUCCUUACUUUCCUGGAUUUCCUUAGUGUCCAAGCAACUUUGGCAACUGGGCCUGGGACACAUUUGAAAAUGCUACUCAAAGUCUCUUCACUUACUGAGCCAUGGCCGGUCAGCAAUGAGGAACAACCUUUGGCCAGUAGAGGUUCCAUUUGGAACAAGAGCUGACUUGUUUUUUUAAUAUAUGUGAUGUUCAUUUUUCAACAAAAUAAAAUGAGAAAAUAUCACACUUUGUAGGAUAAAAAAGACUAUCUGAAUCCUAAACAUGAUCACUUGACAGUGUUUGCUGCCAAUUAUGUAUGCAGUCAAACAGUUUUUCAAAAUUUUAUUUUGUAAACUGCCUUCAGACACUUCUGGAAACCUUGUACAUAUUUAGUGGCAUGGACUCAAAGUCAGAGGAGAAAUGUAACAAUGGAACAGAUGGUAAAAUCUUCCACUUGUGUCUUUUUGUGUUGUUUGCAGGGAAACUGGCUGCUAGCCAGUUUUCCUUUCCAGCUUCAGGUGCGAUAUGCAGGUCAGUGUACUGUAUCUAGGGUUUUGGUUAGUUUAACAGCUUGUCCAGAAGGCAAUGAGUGACUAAAUUCACUUUGCCUUGACUGGGGGGGGGGGGGGGAGUUUGUCCUUACAAAAGGGAUUUUUCCCCUAGCCUAGAAAUAAUAUUGUUAGCAAGUCCAUUUUCAGAGCACAGGGAAAGAUGGCAACUAGCAUGCACCUGUCACUUACACCCUUACGAUUAACUAGUUUUGUACGUGUGGUGUGUUUAUUAGUUAUAUGUUUAAUUCAGUUUUUGUAAAGAGUUAUUUUAUUGCACUUUUGUGUUGGCCUAGCCACAACUAAUCAUGGAGCCUGAUGUAUAUUUUGUAUUGUAUAUAAAGGUUUUUUAGAUUCAUUAACAGUAUUUUAUCUGUAAUGAGCUGUUCCAAAUGUAGAUUAUGCUUCUAUUCCUGCUUGCAGCAGUCUGGAGUAACUCCAAGGAAAUCAAUUACAGCACAGUAAACCUGUGCUGACAUCAAAAUCAGAUCUGCUGGGUUUUAUAUGGUAUGUGCCACAUCCUCUAAAUCUCAGAAAUGUGUCUUUAAUGAAACAGAAUACAUACGGUUUGGACUGUGAUACUUGCCAUAAACAGUUGACUACUCAGAGCUGUACUACAAAGAACUGUAAGAUCUUUGGGGUAUUUGUUUGAUGCCUAGCACAACAAUGUCCUAGGUACUGCUGUUGUAAACAAUAAAUGAUACUUUUGGA